AUGCAGGGCGGGGGUAGGGUUGAUGAGGUCUCGGCUUUGGCGGCGGGGAUGGAGGGAUUUGUGGAGGAAGUGGCGGCUGAGGUGGCGUUGGGGAGAGAGGAGGUGGAGGGGACAGAAGGAGCGGCAGUGUUUUAUUUGCUGGUGGAGGAUUGCCUUGUUGAGGGAAGCACACUCGAUGCUGCUGGCCUCCUCAACCCUCCAGACCCCUCUAUCGAAUGCCGAGAUGUGAGGGGAGCAAUCACCCUCACCGGGGAGGCGGCCCUUCCUUCCCUCCCACCCAAUGCCUCCACACGGACCGUGAAGGUCCACAUCGCCGAGACGGCCCUUUGGCUGCUAGAUGGAGGCGGAUCCAAACUUGACCAGGAACUGGUCCUCCCUUCACAGUCUUCAACCUCAGCUGGAGGUCUUUUGAAGGAGGUCGGUUUUGCCCAGAUAGCAGCAGCGAAGGGUGUGACUGUGGUGGUGACAACCCCAGUGGCCCAAGACGCCCACUUGAGGGCUCGGAUAGCAUUGGAUGUUCAUCACCUACAGGGUGAGGGGACUAACCGCUCGAAUCGCUGA